AUGAAUCAAAAUUAGCAAUGGAAUUAAUGCUACGAUUAUAAAGUUGAUUGCUGAAAAUAAGAAAUUAAAAGCUUAAGUGAUAGAGUUAAAGAGGUAAAUUGAUUCGCUUUCUUAAUCAAAACCAAUCUAUAUUUAAGCAGAAGUUGAAGGGUUUUUAAGAGAAUAUCAAAUGGAAAAUGAGAAAUUAAGAGAGCUUUUGAAAUAAUAAAUUGAGAAAAAUGAAUCAUUAUAAGAAGAAUUAAAAAUUGUUAAUUCUUCUUAUCUUCAAAAUACUAAAAGAUUUUAAUUACACAUUUAACAAUUAGAAUAGAGAUUUUAAGAAAUAUUAAUUAAUUGCCAUAAUUAUAGUGAGAAUAUAGAUAAUUUUGAAUAAUCAACCCUUUAAGAUAAAUAAAAAUUAUAAGACUUAGAAGAUUAAGAAAUAUAAAGAAAAACAGAACUUUAAAAAUUAUUUAAAGGGAAAAUAAUCAAAAAUAUUUCUGAAAUUAAUAAUGGAUAAUAAAAUACUACAUCAAUUAAUUCAUCUUAAGGAUAAUAAUAAAUUAAUUAAUAAACUAAUGAAAUUUAUGAAUUAUUAGAUAAUGAUUGA